GGCGGUCUUCUCGCCAAGGGCCCGACUGGAUAAAAAGAAAAGUUAAAGAAAAGGAAAAGGAAAAGUAAAGUGGCUGCUCAAUGGCCGCCAUCCAAGCUGUGCUCCCUUCCUUCAGCUCCUUCUCAAACCUCACUGAUAUGAAACUGGGGGACUGGGGACUCACAUAAAGCCGGGUGACAGCCUGUUGCUAGGCAGAAUUCAAGUAGGAGAGUAAACAGCAGUAGAACAUCGGAGUGGAAUUCUGAGGGCUGCCCUGAGCAGCUGCAGCCCCCCCAGCAGAUGACCGAGGAGAUCCUGGAUGACGACAGCCAGGCGAGCUGGGAUAUUGAGCUGCUUCUGUCCGAGUGGAGCAGCCCGUCACCUGAACUCAGUUUCUCCGUGGACCACAAUGAUGACACAUUACAACAACAGGUGGACCUAGAUAGAGCGUACCAGGAAGGAGGCAUGCUUAGGGACCAAGUGGACCAGGAUCACAUGAUGACCGGGUUCAUGAAGUCAACAACACAGCAGGAAGCGUACCUCCAAAGUUACAACAAUCAGUUUGGGUUCCCCCAGGAGAGACACAACAGAGGGGCCCUCAGUGAGGUACCAUCAUGGGACCUGAACCCCUAUUACCCCUCGCAGCAUCCUUCUUUGGUGUCUUUUCCCGACGGCAGAUUUGACGCGAACCAAUCCGUGACCUCCGACCCCCGCCGCUACAGCUAUCCGUUUCACUUCAACUAUAACGCUAGCCUUUUUUGUGACCACACCAACACUCAAGCGACAACACGUUUGGUACUUCAUCAAGAAAGAGUUGCACCGCAGUUGCCCCCUAGUGGUGCGGAGGUGAAGCGCGGGCGGAGGUCGACCGGGAAAAAAAAGGCGGCCAUUCACAGCUGCGAAUACCCAGGAUGCAGCAAGACCUACACCAAGAGCUCGCAUCUCAAGGCUCACCUCCGCACACACACAGGGGAGAAACCUUACCGCUGUUCGUGGGAGGGCUGCAGCUGGAAGUUUGCCCGUUCUGAUGAGCUGACCCGUCACUACCGCAAGCACACGGGUGAAAAACCCUACAAAUGCGUGCUUUGCCCGAGGGCCUUCUCCCGCUCCGAUCACUUGGCGCUGCAUAUGAAGAGACACACUUAAAGCUCAGCAUGGUGUCCAGACACUUCAUUAGGAACAGCAAGCCAUCCAAUGACGGAGCGAUCCAUGACUUUAAAAAGACAAUAAAUUGUUGGUUAUUUUUAAUGUAGCCGCAUAUUUUGAUUUUUGAUACAGAUGAAAUAUUAUUAUAAACGUCUCGAACUACAGUAAACCUCGGAUAUAUCGGAUUCAAUUGUUCCCACUGGUUUUGUCCGAUAU